CACAGCCGCGACGCUGCCCGCGACAGUCACAUCGUCCUCUUCGCCUACGCGCAUCUCUCUCACUACUAUUUCUCUCGAACCUGAACAUAACGGCCCAUUUACGAUGCAAGCGAUGCCUAUGCCCAUCUCGCUACCUAGCAUCAGCGGCACGGGCAUGGCCAUUGGCAACCUGAUGGGCCACAUGCCUGCCGAUGGCACACCCAUCAUCCACUCCAGUAAGAAGCUUCCUCAACUGCCGUGGCCAGACAUAGGUCACCUUGCCAAGUGGUCCGUGUCGUCGUACAAGUUUGGGUUCGGCCCGGAGUGUCUGACCGACGACGAUCCAGACACUUUCUGGCACUCAGACGGCCCGCAACCUCACUUUAUCACCAUCGAAUUUCCGCGGAAGGUCGCGGUACAGGUACCAUACCUCAAACUCAGCGUCUACCUAUCAUUUCCGCUCGAUGACUCCUACACACCAGCAACUCUAGCCGUCCGUGCGGGGACAGGUCCUGCCGAUCUUCAGGACGUCCGUAUCCUCACGCUCGAGAAACCCGACGGCUGGAUCACGUUCGACGUGAGCGCUGAGCCUAGUGAGGAUGCUGACGGCUGCAAACCGAUCAACGCGUACGUAGUGCAGCUCAUCAUUCUCGCCAAUCACAUGAAUGGGAAGGACACGCACGUCCGUGGACUGCACAUCCUGGACCUAGACACACCAGCAAAUAACGAAGAACCAUUCUCCUGGGUUUCUCCUGCGUUCAAGAUGUAUGAAUGUAUCCGAUGACAAGACUUAUUAGUAGCUCGUAACGUUCUGUAGCAUUAUUGUUGUACCAGUAUGUAUAGUGUAUCUACGAUGUUUAUUCCCUGAUCAAAACAAUCGGUGAACACUGUGUGGGAACUACUCUCGGUCAUCAAUGCGAGGCAAUCACGGUCAAUGUCAUACUCAUUGUUGAGUGAAGUAACGAUUUGAAUGUUGGCUCCGGCUGAUGAUGCUUUGGUUGGCGAAGCGUGGUACGCGUUUCGUCCGCUCACAUCGUCACGAUACACCUGCAUUUCAACCUUCGCAUAACUGUCCACCGAUCCCACAUCUGUAAUGAUUUCCUCAUUUCUACAACUCGCUGACCGAGGGCGACCCCGACUCAGUUGGUGGCCAGA